AUGGGAUUGAGAUCCGGUUCACGAGAAAUGCACCAGAAGGAGCAUACUGGAACUUCGGGUCUGUAUAUGGGAAAUCAUAGAAGUGGUAGUAGUUCAAAUUUGGUAUCGUCAUUGAUGAAAGCUUGGAGGAUAUCUUCUGUGGGAUCGCCUUCUCCACCACGUCAGCAUAUUCCUCCCUUGGAUACUUCCUUUAGUAAUGAUGGAAACUUUGAGGCUAUCUCGAGGCAGCACACAGGUGCCGCAAGAAAGUCAACGUCUUCUCCUUUGAGGUAUACUAGUCCUGGGUUUAGUACCAAUGGUAAUAAUGUCAGUAGAGGUGAGAGUCCCAGGCCUUCAAAGAGUCAUGGCAGUCGUCAUCAUAGUAGCGGAAAUGGUAGUAGGAAGAAUGUGAAAUAUUUUAAGGAUUUAGAUGAGGAUUGGAGUGCAGUUAUCGAUGAUUACAACAUGCCGAUACCAGUGAUGGCAAAUGGGGGUGUUGCUUCCCCUGCUACACCUAAAGCUACAAGAUCUUCCUCUAUAACGACUACGCCAAGUAAUUCUACUACUGGACUAGCUUCUGCAAACGCGACCUUUUCAUACCCACAGCUGCCUCAUUUACAGAAAUCUCUAAGUUCAGAGUUAAGAUCACAGUUAGAGCAAGAGAACGAGCGCGAUGCACAAGAAUUAAACUCCAUCAUGCAACGAAUAGCCAAGUUUGAUGCUAUUCUAAAAAACAAGCACAUUAUAAAUCAAAAUGAACUGCGGCAAAUAAGCUGGAAUGGUAUUCCAAAGCCACAUAGGAGCGUUGUUUGGAAACUCUUGAUUGGAUACCUGCCGGCAAACUCAAAAAGACAACAACCUUUAUUGAAGAGGAAACGGAAGGAGUACUGUGAUGGGCUGGCACAUAUCUUCUCGGACCAACACUCUAGAGAUGUGCCAACAUGGCAUCAAAUCGAAAUUGAUGUGCCAAGAACGAACCCUCAUAUACCACUCUACCAGUUCAAGUCGGUGCAGACUAGUUUACAACGCAUCCUAUACCUAUGGGCUAUUAGACAUCCGACCAGUGGAUACGUACAGGGCAUUAAUGACCUCGUUACACCAUUCUUUCAAACAUUUCUAACCGAAUAUUUGCCCCAAGCACAGAUAGACGACGUGGAAAAACUCGAUCCAAUGACAUAUAUGGGCCAAGAUCAACUAAAGGAUGUGGAAGCCGAUACAUUCUGGUGCCUGACCAAGCUCCUCGAACAAAUUACAGAUAAUUACAUACAUGGACAACCAGGGAUAUUAAAACAAGUAAAAAAUUUGGGCCAACUUGUGAAAAGAAUCGAUCGAGACUUAUACGAACACUUCCAGAAAGAGAAUGUCCAGUUUAUUCAGUUUUCCUUUAGAUGGAUGAACUGUCUUCUCAUGAGAGAGUUUCAAAUGAGUGCAGUAAUAAGAAUGUGGGACACUUACCUCUCGGAGACAUCCUUAGACACAGCAACCUCCUCCUCUCUAUCUUCAGAUCUGGUCCCUCCACAUACCCCCACAGAACAGAUGAAGGCAACUUUCCAAACUCCAACGAAGGAUUUUGCCUCGCCGAGCUCCACCUCGGGAAUAGGUGGCGAUGAAAUUGCUAGAAUAAGACAAUCUUCACUCAAUGAAUUCCAUGUAUUUGUUUGUGCGGCUUUCCUGAUUAAAUGGAGUGAUCAAUUGAUGGAGAUGGACUUUCAAGAGAUCAUCACGUUUUUGCAGAAUCCUCCAACCAAAAAUUGGAAGGACUCUGAUAUCGAGAUGCUACUGAGUGAAGCCUAUAUAUGGCAGUCAUUGUACAAAGACGCUACAUCGCAUUGGCAAUGA